AAACAUCUAAGGAUGGCGUCACCGCGGUUAUUAUUGUGCCUUGGUCUCAUGCGAAAGACGAAGGACGUAGUCCUGCAUCUUCUUGGCAGCAGGGGCGACCUUAUCAUUGUUCUGCGCAGGAGCGUCUGGAAGAGGCUUUUGGCCUUACACGUGCAAUUAAUCUUGAGGUGAAAAAAACAAAAGUUAUUCAUGUAAGAAAUAUUAAUCCCUCCAAGUAUUUAAAUACAGGGCAAGCAGCAGAGGUGCCACAUUUGUGGGGGGAUUCACCUCCUGAGAUUGUUAUUGUUGAUACCCAGCUGAGCCCAAUUCAACAGCGCAAUCUUGAGAAGCUUUGGAAUGUUAAGGUUAUUGAUCGGACGGAUUUGAUUCUUGAAAUUUUUGGGGAGCGUGCUCGAACAGCUGAGGGACGUCUUCAGGUUGAGCUCGCUGCCUUAAGUUAUCAGCGUAGUCGUUUGGUGCGGUCGUGGACUCACUUAGAGCGCCAAAGAGGGGGAUAUGGCUUCCUUGGAGGCCCCGGAGAGUCACAAAUUGAGUUAGAUCGGCGCCUUAUCGAUCAAAGGGUUACUAAAUUAAAAAAAGAAUUGGAAAAG